AAUACAACAAAUUUACAUGCAACUAGUUAUGCAUGUAGUCUAUAAAAUGGGGAUUUUAUAACACUUCAGAUACACUCGCUAAGUUUUACUUAAUAUCAUUUCUUCAUAGCCACCCAAAUGGAGUUUGCACAUCUCACUGUUUUAUCUCUCUUUUGUUUGGCUUUCGUGGGUAUCACAGCGACAUCAUCUGGAGAAGAUUACUGGCAAUCUGUUUGGCCAAACACUCCUUUGCCAAAGACCUUCUCCGAUCUAUUAAUUCCAAGUGGAAAAACUAAUAGUCUACCUAUCAAAAGUGAAGAAUUGAACCAAUAUUCGACGCUCUUUUUUGAACAUGACCUUCACCCUGGGAAAAUCUUUACUUUGGGUAACACUCAUUCAGUAGGAAAUAUAAUUCGGCCAUUCACUAAAUCAAGACAAGGUGUCACGGAUUCCAUAUGGUUAGCAAACAAAGACGAACAAAGUCUUGAGGACUUUUGUUAUAGUCCAACUGCUAUAGCAGAACACAAACAUUGCGUAUCAUCCUUGAAAUCGAUGAUUGACCAAGUCGUUUCACAUUUUGGAUCAACAAAGAUUAAGGCAAUUUCAAGUAACUUUGCUGAAAAUCAAGAGCAAUAUGUGGUGGAAGAAGUGAAAAAGGUAGGAGAAAAUGCAGUGAUGUGUCAUAGAUUGAAUUUUGAAAAGGUAGUAUUCAAUUGCCACCAAGUGCGUGACACAACCGCUUAUGUGGUCUCAUUGGUAGCCUCAGAUGGAACUAAAACUAAGGCUUUAACAGUCUGCCACCAUGACACAAGAGGUAUGAAUCCUGAAUUGCUUUAUGAAGCACUCGAAGUUACUCCUGGAACUGUUCCUGUAUGUCAUUUCAUUGGCAAUAAGGCCGCUGCAUGGGUACCAAAUCAUACCGUGGACAAUCUUUGUGUCAUAUAGAUGUUAAAUAGUUCUGCACUCAUUCUCAUUCAAUAAUUUCAUCAUGUUUGUGACUUGAGGAUUUUCAUCUUUAUUUGACUCUCAUGCUAGAAAUUAACCUGUUUUAAAAAUAAAACAUGUUUUGAGGGAGGAAUGGGAUGUGCAAGAACUAGAUAUUAUGUAUUUUAAAUAAAACAAGUUAGAAAUGUGGGUGUAUCUUGGUAAUUAAUGGUAUCUUAGUAUCGUAUGGCCACUACAUGGAUGUAUGUUUGAAAUGUAUAAUAAAAAAAAUGUCGUGUUUGAAUUAA